CGCCGUACGCAUCACAUGAAGAUAUUCUAAACUCCUAAAAUGUACCUCUCCCUUGGUUCAGGUACUUGCCUCACGGCAGCACGCCGCAGUUGAAGGCGAUGUUCUUGAAUCAUCGGAUUUGUACUUCUCUUCAGUUCCGGUUCUCACAGUUCCUUAAAGGUGCCACAGUUGCAGGACGAACACCUCUCUUAGUUCAGGUACUUGCGGCACCGCAGUGCGCCACAGUUGCAGGGAAGCUUGAGGUCUUCAACGGGGAUGUUGAGCCACAGUUGCAGGCGAUGUUCUUGAAUCAUCGGAUUUGUACUUCUCUUCAGUUCCGGUUCUCACAGUUCCUUAAAGGUGCCACAGUUGCAGGACGAACACCUCUCUUAGUUCAGGUACUUGCGGCACCGCAGUGCACCACAGUUGCAGGGAAGCUUGAGGUCUUCAACGGGGAUGUUGAGCCACAGUUGCAGGCGAUGUUCUUGAAUCAUCGGAUUUGUACUUCUCUUCAGUUCCGGUUCUCACAGUUCCUUAAAGGUGCCACAGUUGCAGGACGAACACCUCUCUUAGUUCAGGUACUUGCGGCACCGCAGUGCACCACAGUUGCAGGGAAGCUUGAGGUCUUCAACGGGGAUGUUGAGCCACAGUUGCAGGCGAUGUUCUUGAAUCAUCGGAUUUGUACUUCUCUUCAGUUCCGGUUCUCACAGUUCCUUAAAGGUGCCACAGUUGCAGGACGAACACCUCUCUUAGUUCAGGUACUUGCGGCACCGCAGUGCACCACAGUUGCAGGGAAGCUUGAGGUCUUCAACGGGGAUGUUGAGCCACAGUUGCAGGCGAUGUUCUUGAAUCAUCGGAUUUGUACUUCUCUUCAGCUCCGGUUCUCACAGUUCCUUAAAGGUGCCACAGUUGCAGGAUGA